UUUGUUUUAUUCUAUUCUAUGUUGUUGUUGUUAUUGUUGUUGGGUUUAAGGAAGAGGAUGGGGAGAGGAAAGAUUGAGAUAAAGAAGAUUGAGAAUUUGAAUAACAGACAGGUUACAUUUUCAAAGAGACGCAAUGGGUUGAUUAAGAAAGCCAAAGAGUUGUCUGUUCUUUGUGAUGCAGAGGUUGCUAUUUUGAUAUAUUCCGCCACUGGAAAACUCUAUCAGUUUUCAAGCACAAGCAUGGAGCACGCCCUUUCAAGGUAUGAUACUAGAAAUCUUGAUUUGAAUAAAGCAGAGCAACAACAACAACAACGUAGUGAACAACCUACAGUACAAGUUGUGGAGCUUAAUACUACUAGUCUUCUGCAGGAAGAAAUAACAAAACUUCGUUCAGCUUACUCAAGAAUGAGCGGCAAGGAGCUUGAUGGAUUGGGCUUUAAAGAACUACAACAUCUCGAAAAUCAACUAUGCGAAGGGAUAUCAGCUGUCAAAAGUAAGAAGGAACAAGUGCUUGUUGAACAACUUAAGAGAUCCAGAUUACAGGAGGAAAAGGCAAUGAUGGAGAAUGAAGCUCUUCGGAAACAGCUUGAAGAGAUAGAAAAGAAAAGAAAGGCAGAGUUACUUGAAUAUAAUUCAUUGGAUCUAAAACCAGUUUUGAAUUUUGGUUCAGAGGAUAAAGAGAUUUCAGAUACUUGCUUACAAUUAGGGUUGUCAUCAGAUUAUGGCCGCAAGAGGAAAGCAUUAAAGAUAGAAGAUUGCGACGACUCAGGAAGUCAGGUGGCUUCACAGUGACAUUAAAGUAACAGAGUUUUUAGUUUAUAAAACAAGUUUGAUAGUAUAGGUAAAGGUUAGUUUGUGUUUACUCUAUGAAAAAUAUGUGUCAUUGGAUUCACCAUGUUGAAAAAUGGAGGACAUUUUAUUAAUCCAAACAGUUUUUCAGGUAUUAUGGGUAUGCUUAUAUGUAUGGAUCUGCAACU